CGGUGGCCUCACCAGGAAGCGGCAGCGUCUGCACCUUGGGACAGCCCGGAGCCCCUGCCGCCACCGCCUCCAGUCCGGAUCUCGGUCCCCGAGCCCCCUCCCCGACGACCGCGCCCGGAGGCUCCGGGAGAUGGCUGGCCGCUGAGCUAUGGCUCAUCAGUACGGCCCCCCCAGCGCCCUCGGCAUGGCCGCGCGAGAGGAACUGUACAGCAAAGUCACCCCCCGGAGGCACCGCCAGCAGCGCCCCAGCACCAUCAAGCAUGGAUCGGCGCUGGACGUGCUCCUCUCCAUGGGCUUCCCCAGAGCCCGCGCACAAAAAGCCUUGGCUUCCACGGGAGGAAGAAGCGUUCAGGCAGCAUGUGACUGGUUAUUCGCCCAUGUCGGUGACCCCUUUCUGGAUGACCCCCUGCCCCGGGAGUACGUCCUCUACCUCCGCCCCACUGGGCCCUUAGCACAAAAGCUCUCUGACUUUUGGCAGCAGUCGAAGCAGAUCUGCGGGAAGAACAAGGCGCACAACAUCUUCCCCCACAUCACCCUCUGCCAGUUCUUUAUGUGUGAGGACAGCAAGGUGGAGGCUCUGGGGGAGGCCCUGCAGAACACCGUCGGUCGCUGGAAAUGUAAAUUCUCAGCCCCUCUUCCCCUGGAGCUCUAUACCUCCUCCAACUUCAUCGGCCUCUUUGUGAAGGAAGACAGCGCUGAGGUUCUCAAGAAGUUUGCUGCGGACUUUGCUGCGGAGGCUGCAUCCCAAACGGAAGUGCGUGUGGAACCUCAUAAGAAGCAGCUGCAUGUGACCCUGGCUUACCACUUCCAAGCUAGCCACCUCCCCACCCUAGAGAAACUAGCUCAGAACAUUGACGUGAAGCUUGGAUGUGACUGGGUGGCCACCAUAUUCUCUCGGGACAUCCGAUUUGCUAACCACGAGACAUUGCAGGUGAUCUACCCGUACACCCCCCAGAAUGACGACGAGCUGGAGCUGGUCCCUGGAGACUUCCUCUUCAUGGCCCCCAUGGAGCAGACCAGUACCAGCGAAGGCUGGCUCCAUGGCACAUCCCUGACCACUGGCUGCUCCGGGCUCCUGCCUGAGAAUUACAUCACCAAGGCCGACGAGUGCAGCACCUGGGUGUUUCACGGUUCUUACUCAAUCUUAAACACAUCAUCUCCCAACUCUCUCCCGUUCGGUGAUGGAGCACUGGAGCAGCGGCAAUUCAAUGACCAAGGACUGGGGGAGCCGACUCCCCUCACUAUCAUUUGCCAGCCCAUGCAGCCUCUGAGAGUCAACAGCCAACCUGGCCCUCAAAAGCGGUGCCUCUUUGUGUGCCGGCAUGGUGAGCGAAUGGACGUUGUGUUUGGGAAGUACUGGCUAUCCCAAUGCUUUGAUGCCAAAGGUCGUUACAUACGCACCAACCUAAACAUGCCUCACAGCUUACCUCAGCGGAGCGGUGGCUUCCGGGAGUACGAGAAAGAUUCCCCAAUCACUGUGUUUGGGUGUAUGCAAGCGCGAUUAGUGGGUGAGGCCUUAUUAGAGAGUAACACCAUUAUUGAUCAUGUCUACUGCUCCCCAUCCCUGCGCUGCGUUCAGACAGCACACAACAUCCUGAAAGGUUUACAACAAGAAAAUCACUUGAGAAUUCGUGUAGAGCCUGGAUUAUUUGAGUGGACAAAAUGGGUUGCUGGGACCACGUUGCCUACCUGGAUCCCUCCAUCAGAAUUAGCUGCAGCCAGCCUGAGCGUAGAUACAACCUACAGACCUCACAUUCCAGUCAGCAAAUUAGUGGUGUCAGAAUCCUAUGACUCCUACAUCAGCAGAAGUGCCCAAGUUACAAAAGAAAUCAUCAGUGAAUGUCAGAGUAAAGGAAAUAACAUCCUGAUUGUGGCCCAUGCAUCCUCUCUGGAAGCAUGCACCUGCCAGCUUCAGGGUCUGUCCCCUCAGAACUCCAAGGACUUUGUACAAAUGGUGCGAAAGAUUCCAUACUUGGGGUUUUGUUCCUGUGAAGAAUUGGGAGAAACUGGGAUAUGGCAGCUAACAGAUCCACCUAUCCUUCCUCUUACCCAUGGACCAACUGGAGGCUUCAACUGGAGAGAGACCUUAUUACAAGAAUAAAUCACAUGGGUGAAGGAGAAGAAGAUGCCUUUAGAAAUCCUUUGGGGGGGAGGUGUUGCUCUCUCUCAUAUGUUGUUUGUUUGUUUUAUUUUGUUUCUGGGUUGAUUUGGUUGUUGUUUUGUUUUUGGUCUGGGUUUUUUUUUUUUUUUUUUGCUAUUAGUAACUGGGAAAGUCCGUACCACAUAUUCUAAGCAGACGGCUCAGAAUAAUUUAGCAUAUUUUCUUUCAUGCUUAACAUUCUUAUGAGACGGUGUAAAUGAAAGAAAUACUUGAUUCAGGAACAAAUUCAUUCUCUCUGGACUCUUGCCUCACUUACAAGGCUUUAGAGAAUGUUCUUCCUAAACCAGAUGCCUGCUACAGAGAAGCUUGCUUCAUUCCUUCUCUGCAUGGCUAAGGAGCCUCCCCCCUCCAAAUCAAAUGGCCAGUGCACCAAGGAAGGCUGCAAGAAUAAAAACUAUGCCCAACAGGGGGGUGAGAGCUGCCAGUUGGGCAAUGGGAGUUUCUUUGUUAACAUUAUUUUUCAAUUAGGCAAAGCCAAGCUGCAGAAUUCUUUUAAGGUCAUUAGAUAAUACACCCCAGCAGAGACUUGUUCUUAGAUUCAGCAUUAGGUUCUACCUGCAAUAUGACCCCUACUCCAGUGUUGCUGGCUCAAGACUCUUGGUUAAAGGCUCUGGCAUGUGCCCUGCUACCACCAUGUGUUCUCUUAAGCAACCAGACCUUCCUGGCCAGGCCCUUCCCCCCGUUGCCUUCUGUGAAAUAGGGAGGCAAAGAGUUGUUCACCAAGGCACUUGGGGCACUCCUGAGGAAGAUGCAGGUUCACUUGUAAAAGUAUUACCACUGUAACUGUGAUGUAUCCAAAUGCGAUCGCAGGUGCACAGGACUUGCACAAUACAACACCACUGAGAGUUCUCUGUGUCAUCCUCUAGAGCGCCAGAGCACUUCUAAAGGAGUGGCAUUGACUUGUCUUUGUGCCUGGAGUCUGGACGGUGUGAAGAAGCUUAUGAUGUUGACGUUAGGAAGGGGGGUAUGUUCAAUCUACUAUUUGAGUCAGCAGAAAGCUCAUUCUGUGCGAUAUGUACAUUGGUCCAAACCAGACCAGGAGUCAGGAUGUUGGGCACUUCUAGCACAAGUCUAACAUAAUCGAACAUUAACAGUUAACACCAGUUAUACCAAGGACGCUUAAUGAAGUCAGGGAACUAAUGUAAACGGUGACAGUCACGACUGCAUGGCUGCCUGUGCUGUUGUGUUCUUGUUUUCCUAUGAUCAUUUAAAUUACAUAGGCAGGGCUUCCUAAGGAUACACAGCAGGGCCACAGCCUGUGGUUCCCCAUCCCACCUGCUUCCUACAUUUAGAGAGUUUAUUUAAAAGAAAAAUAAAUGACAAUCAAACAAAAAAAAUCAGUGAUCAAUGUCUAUUUCAUUGUGUGACUAGGUAUUCCUGAUGGCUGCCACUUUGCAGACAAUGCACCUGGCACAGGAAGUGAAACCCCAGCCAUUUAAGACAAACAUGAGUCUGUCUAAAACCAAUCUCUACUCAUUGUGGUAUUGAGUAAGUUUCAAGCCCCAGAUGUAAAAGGCAUCUGGUGCAUAAAAUAGACUUAAGCUUCUACUUGAAAUGGGAAACCGGUGGCUCCUGGAAAGAGAGGAAGUGGCUGGGUGCUAGCUGUACAUGCUAAUCAGUAAGAGGAUUACAGUGUGUGUUCGGUUGCUUUUUAAAGUAACUUAGAGAAAUAGGUUAUAAAUUUUACGGGGUGGAAAUCUUGAUUUCUUCUAGCCUUGCACAAAUGUUGACCCAGCUUCUAGAUACAGGAUUAACCCCCUGCUGACAUCACUCAUUGAUGUUUUGACCUUAACUUUAUGGGGAAAAGCACGCUAUAAGUUUUCAGAGAAAAGUCCCGUGGCAGCUAAUGUGUCAUUCCUGCUGCUGCUGCUGCUGCCGCUGCCGCGGCUGGUUGAGAGAGCCAUUGAGUGAGUCCCACUCGUAGUGUGGUCCACUGUGUACAACAGGAUGAAACGUGGUCUGACUCGGAAGUAAACCCACUGUGUAUUCAUUUCUGUGCCGUUUAUGAGGAGCUCGGGUGGUGCUUUUGCUCCCCUGUUGACAGUCUCUGAACCCCUUUGUCAGGCACAGUGAGUGGAAAUGCCCUCAAUGGCCGUGGGCUGCGUGGGGUUGGGGGAUGAAGUUUAUUAGCAAAACUCCCUAAAUUCCAUGGACUUCAAAUGCUUGGGAUAAUUUUCCUGAAAACUAUAGCAGUGUGUUUGGGGCCGUGUCUAUAUUUGUAGAAAACAGAAUGCAGAAUAGAUUACCUUAUCCACCUUGCUUAAUAUACAAGAAAGAGUUUAUUCUCCUGCCUUAAUGAACUGAAUUAUUUAUCAAAAUGUCCUGGGUUGUCUAGAUUCACAUGGAAUUAUUAUUUCACACUUACCCUAAAUGACCAUGGACUGCCAAAAGAACAAACAAAUCUUCUUUGGAAUAAAUACAGCCAGAAUGCUCCUUAGA